CGCGAUACAGACCAACAAAAGAAGACAUCUCCGUUCUCUCCCUUCUUCUGCCUUUCAUGUCUGUUCAAACCAGCCGCGAUGUUUCUCGAUGGCCAAGUGGCCGCUCUCUCCCUCGAUGAGAAGCUCGCGACAUCACGCAGUGUACCUCUGCCCGACGAUGACUCUCCAGCAGUGUCUCCUUCGCUCGCCUGCAUCUAUCGCCAUACCCCGACGCCGACCAUCGUGCUUGAUUCAUCCAUGACCAUUGUCGAGGUCUCUGAUAGUCAUCUCGCUUUAUCCGGCAAGACGCGCCAAUCUAUGCUACAUGCGACCGUUCGUGACCUCGACCCAGCUGCCGUACCCGCUCCUAACAUCGCUAUCCUCUGUGGCGCACUGCGUGCAGCUUGCUCAACGAAGGAAACCCAGAUAGUGGAGAGAAUCGUGUCCAGCGACAAGUCUCUAUACAACCUCCGAGUUACUCCCAUCUUCGACGCAUCCACUCUGCUGUACAUUGUAUUGGAGGCGCACAAGCUUUCCGAGGAGACCGCCAGCAUUAAUCAUGCCUAUACAAACGAAACUUACAAAAUCCUCGUGGAUACCGUCAAAGAGUACGCCAUUUUCAUGCUCGAUACACAGGGCAAUAUCACCACCUGGAAUCCCGGCGCUGCAAUAAUGAAGGGUUGGCCAGCAGAGGAGAUCCUAGGCAGACAUUUCUCUGUCUUUUACAGCCCAGAGGAUCGCCUGGCUGGAAAGCCCCUCCGAGGUCUUGCUGUGUGCUUGCGCGAAGGCCGUAUGGAAGAUGAGGGGUGGAGGUAUCGGCGCGAUGGCUCGCGAUUCUGGGCCAAUGUGCUGAUCACUCCUAUCUACCAGUUCGGGCAGCACGUUGGUUUCGUCAAAGUCACCCGGGAUCUUAGCGAGCGCAAAGAAGCCGAGGCCCGCAUAAUUGCUGCUUUCGAAGAGUCGUCACGCUUAAAGACCGACUUUCUCGCCAAUAUUAGCCACGAAAUCCGGACGCCGAUGAACGGGAUGAAAAUCGCCAUGACAAUGCUGGCUGACACGAGUCUGUCACCAACACAGCUCGAGCAUGCUGCCAUCAUCCAAGACUGCAUGUCACUCUUGCUUGAGACUGUGAACGAUGUGCUUGACUACUCAAAACUCUCAUCUGGCUCUUUCUCCUUACAUUCCGACGUCGUUGAUGUCAGCGAUGUGGUCGGAGCCGUUAUACGGAAUUGUCGCCCAUCUUUGAAGAACGGUGUCGAACUGACCACGGACAUUGCACCUGACUUUCCCCGAAAUCUUCGAGGAGAUCCCUUACGAUAUCGCCAGAUUCUGCAGAACUUGGUCGGCAAUGCAGUAAAGUUUACCGAGAGCGGUCAUAUCCGGGUCUCCACAGCGUGCUCUCCGGAUGAACAAGAGGGAUGUUGCAUCGUGCGUACAGAGGUCGUCGACACCGGCAUCGGUGUUCCUGAUAACGCAAUGAAUAUCCUCUUUACCCCAUUUACCCGCUUUGCCAACUCGACCACCCGACAAUACCAGGGAACUGGAUUGGGCCUGUCGAUUUGCAAAAGUCUGGCUGAACUCAUGGACGGAGAAGUGGGAUAUUCCCCGAACCCAGAUGGCCAAGGCAGUAUCUUCUGGUUUACUGCCAAAUUGGGAGACCGAUCUAGUAUCCCGUCACUCAAGCCCCGCAGUCCUGCAUUAACGCCCGUGGGCCACGAUCUUUGCGAUAAAAUGCGGGCCAUUGCGCCCCACAAACAUGUCUUAUUGGUUGAGGACAAUAUGGUAAACCAUACCAUGAUGUUGAAACUCCUUCACAGCAUUGGCUUCACGCGAGUGGAAGGGGCUUGGAAUGGCGCCGAGGCACUUUCCAAGAUCAAGAAGAAGCCGCUAUCCUACAACGUCGUCUUGAUGGAUGUCUCCAUGCCCAUCAUGGACGGCCUUGCGGCGACAGGACACAUCCGCGAUAUGGGGCUCCAAAUGCCGAUUAUUGCAGUCACGGGCAACGCCAUGCAGGGCGAUGCCGAAAGCUACAUCGCCAAUGGCAUGAGCGAUUGCAUUGGCAAGCCAGUUCACCGAGAUCAACUACUGAGUGUUCUGUGGAAGUGGAUCGGAUCAUGAUAAGAGAUACGGGUGUGAACUGGUCUGUUAUUUGCAUAAGCGCGGCGCAGAGUACGGCGUACUGGAGAUAUAAAC